UUUUAGGAGGGGGAGUGAGUCACAAAAUCACAAGUUUAUUUUAUCAUUAAAAUAAAACCUAGAAUUCACAAUAAUUUGUUAAAUUGACUGAUUUUAAAGUUGUGAGCUGUGUAGUCAGUAUGUGCUUUAGAAGAAAAAAUAUCAGACUGAGCAUAAAUAGUGCAUAGAAAACAAAACAUUUCCGAUGCUGGAAACAGCAAUAUUACGGAAUUUCUAAGAUAAGUUUUUUGUGUUACUUAGUUCAAAAUGCCAUUCGACUUUUUAUGUUGCGUGAGACCUGACGUCGAAGAUGUGAUGGAGCUGGAUUACUCGCAUCAUUCGCUUACAGACGUACCUUCGGAAGUUUUCAUUUACGAAAGGACUUUGGAAACUCUGCUUUGUCACAGCAACAGAAUAACUGAGCUACCGAGACAACUUUUCAUGUGCCAUGGUUUGAAGCAUUUAGACCUUAGUGAUAAUGAAUUACAAGCCAUACCCGCCGCUGUGUCCUCAUUAGUUAAUUUACAACAUCUAAACAUCAGUAGAAACUUUUUAGCAACCAUUCCCGAGAAUAUGAAAGCUCUGAAAAACUUACAGUUUCUAGAUCUUAGUGUAAACCCAUUAGAGAAACUGCCAGAUACAAUCACAAACCUCAUUGCACUCCAAGAUCUAUAUCUGAAUGAUACAUACCUCGAGUACCUCCCUGGUAACUUUGGAAGGCUUGCUAACUUACGUUUGCUCGAGCUGCGGGACAAUUACUUAAUGAUACUGCCAAAAUCAUUGUCUCGCUCUACUGAACUUCAGAGGCUGGACAUUGGACAAAAUGAGUUUCAACAGUUUCCUGAAGUGAUUGGAAGAUUUUUGAAACUAAAGGAGCUGUGGAUUGACAGCAACAGUUUUACAUCGAUACCUGCUAUAAUCAAGCCACUUGAAAAUUUGAGACAUUUAGAAGCGAGCAAUAAUAUGAUAGAAAUCCUUGCACCAGAAAUAGGUCAUUGCACCCAGUUGGAAGACCUCACUUUAUCAAUCAACAGUUUGACACAGCUACCCGAUAGCAUUGGACAGCUGAGCAAUUUGACUGCCCUGAAACUGGACAACAAUAGGCUGUUUUCUCUACCAGAGAGUAUAGGUCAGUUGAAAAAUUUAGAAGAGCUGAUGCUUAUGUGCAAUUAUAUAGACAAAAUUCCUUCAUCUAUUGGCUUGCUUAGAAAAUUGAGGUAUUUGAAUAUUGAUGAAAAUAUGCUCAGAGCUAUCCCACCGGAGAUUGGAAGUUGUACUAAGUUGUCAGUCCUGUCCCUUCGUUCUAACAAAUUGACCAGCAUCCCACCAGAAAUUGGACAUCUCAACUCAUUGAAAGUCCUGAAUUUGGUACGUAAUUCAUUGAGUUGUCUUCCCCAAUCCUUACUCAAUUGUGAUAAAUUGGUAGCUCUUUGGCUAUCUGAAAAUCAAAGCAAACCCUUAGUGCCUAUGCAUUCUGAAGUAGACCCUAACACUUAUGAACAGGUUCUUACUUGUUUCCUCUUCCCCCAAGUGCCUUUAAGUCCUGUCGAAAACCAAGAUGAUUUAUCUAAACCUGACAAUGCUGAGUCACAAAGUGCCACCAGACACAUCAGCUUUGUGGAUAUGAAACCGGUUCCUAAAGUUCCAGAAAAACCAGGACAACUGAGAAGAGCUCCUACACCUUAUCCUAAAGAAUUAAGAGCUAUGGCAAAACAUGCAAGAAAUAUUCACAAGGAUAGUUCACAAGAUAUCACCCCACCAAAAAAGAGUGCUGUUCACAUAAAGGCUGCAAAAAUAACUCCCACAUUGCAACAAAAAUAUGUUUCUGACAACAACCUUGAUUCAACAAGUGAUAUAGAAAAAACAAAGGCAGAGCAAGAUGCAAUGAAAGUAUCUGUUUAUGAUAAUCUUCCUGGUGAUAAUGCUUAUGACAAACCCCUCAAUCUUGACUAUGAACAAGAGCAAACUUAUAAAAGUGUGGAUCACUCUUUGUAUGUUGAAAACAGUUCUACUAAAGACUACAACACAGGUAGUGUGGAAGGGUGCACAUUAGCCACUCAACAGUAUGACAUAAUACAUAAUGAAAAAUAUCCUCAUUCACCACGACAAGACGUAGUGAGGUCCAGUCCCUCAUUACAGUCCAGCAGUUAUGGUGUCAGCAAUAUCCAUCAUAAGAAGUAUGAAAUUAUGAAUGAUAACAGCUAUCAAGUGUGUCCAGAUACCUGCAAUCAAAUGCAAAGACUCAGCAUAAGUUCACAAGAUAGGCAUUGCAAUGAGGAGGCCAUUUUAGCUCAUCGCAUGGAUGAUAAUCUCUACAGUGUGAGAUGUAGAAAUGAAGGUCCUUAUGACCAUCAUUACCCAAAGAAUGAAGUAAUGUGCCACCCUGAAAGUGAGAGUAACUAUCACGAUAAUGCAUAUGGAAGUGAAAAUUAUAUUUGCAACCAGCAAAAAAUAACACACAGGAAUGUACACCCUAGAAAGUAUGAUGUUUUUAACUAUCAUUCCCACGGUACUCGAGAAUUACCCAGUCCAAGAGUGCAUACAGUAAGCCAAAUUGUUAGUUCUACUACAAUGCCAAAUUUAACAGGCUACAACAACAUGUAUCCUGCCCCUGGUGUAGAGACACAUCAUUAUCCUUCUGCAAUGCAUCAAAUUGCACCACCGGAUUCAAAAAUUUACUCACUAAAUCAAGCAGUUUCUAGUCCAACCUACAUAUCAUCACAAUCACCAGAAUUAUAUUCUCCAACGGGUCAUACAAAUGCAACAAAUCCAUAUCGUAUGACAAAUACACCUCUCGUGUCAGAUGAUGGAAGUUAUCCUCGUGUGCAGUCUGUCGCCAGCCAGAAUAUGUACGAUAUUUAUGACGCAAUACCAGCUUCGUCAAAUACUCCGAGUGUUAUCAACCACCAUCAUAGUUCUAGUGGAACGCCAGAAAACUCCUAUAGGGGGCAACCACCACCAUAUCAUAUUGCUGCACCUUACACAAAGCAUGCUCAGUACUUCAAUGGUACAGGAGGAUAGUGGUAUGUCUAUGAAAAAUUUUAAAAGUGGUAAUCUUCAAUGGAUGCAGGUAUGCACAGACAUCUUUCAGAACUUCUUUGUGCAAUUUACAUGUGAUAACAAAAUAUAUUGUUGAAUUAUUAAAUUAUUUUAAGGUGCUAUGUGAAUCAAGUUGAGGUGUUUAUGAGAGAAUAUUGAGAGUAUUUAGAAUGUGAUCAGUAAAAGAGCAAAUGUAUUUAAAAAUAGAAAUAUAACCCUGAAGUACGUACUUUAAUGUACAAAAUGUAACAACAAUGUUGUUUUCUAUAAUUAUAAAAUAAAAAAAAAAUUAAGUGAACAUUGUGGAUAGAAUCAUU